AUGAAUAAAAAGCAGGUUAUUUUUAUUACUACUGAUGUAUUUUUCAAUUAGUAUUAACUUUAAUAGAAUUAUAAUUCUAUAAUUAGUUUUUUGAACUUUUCAGGGCCUGCGCUUCAGUAUUCACUAAAUUCAGAAAGCAGUUCAUAAGGCUUUUAUUAAAUAACUUAUACUAAAUUAGCUGAUAUAUAUUAAACAUAUACUUUUGCACAACUUGUAAAAUAAUCCUAUGUUCUUGACUUUUUUUUAAUUGGAUAUAAUGGUUCAUCGCUUGAUUAUAAUUAUUGCUAUCAACCAAAUUAAAAAUCACCCUAUUAAUGCUCUAUUAAAAAUUCAUCAUAAAUUUCUAUCAAUGCAGAUUAAUUAUAGACUGCAUAUAGUUCAUAACCUAUGAUGGUAAUAGCAGGGUUAAAAGAAAAUUCGACAAUUUACUUGUUUAAAUUUUACUAUAACAGUCAACAUAAUAUUGAAUAAUCGAAUUUUACAUUUUAAGAAGUAUUCUCAGAUUUUCUUGUAGCUUAUCAAUAUAUUAUAAUUUUAUAUCUAAAUAAAGAAAUCUAAAUACUAUCUUUAGAUUACACAAAUAUUGUUACAUUAAAUUAAUAAUUAAUAAAUAAGCUUUUCAAAAAUAUUCAAUUUAAUCCAAUAUAAAUUGUUAUGAAUACUUAAUUGUUAUCUUCUUUACUAUUUAUCAAUAAUAUCAAUGAAGUUAUCAUAGUUUCAAUAGGUUAAAAUAACAUUCCAACCCCUAUUUCAGUGAUUUAAGUAAAUUUCAAAAUUUAAUAAAUAAAUUUAGUAAACUAAUAACUCAUUUUAUCAUACAUUUGCAAUAAUGAUCAGAAUAUUUGUUUCAAAGUUUGGAACUAUAACAAUUUACCUAAAUAUUAUUAUUCAAAAAGCAUGUAUAGUGUAAAAUUUGAUAAUAAUAUGAUUAUAUAAUCUGAUAAUUAGUACUUUUAUGUGACUUUUAGUAAUUAUACCGUUUAUAUUUAUAAUCCUUCUUUACCACAGCAUAUGAGUUUCUAUUAUAUCCUCGAAUUGGCAUCACCAAUAGUAUGCACUUCAGCUAUUUUUUUGAUGCAAGACAAUUUUAACUCUGCAGUACUUUUUUAUAACAAUAGUUUUUUCAAUCUUAAUAAUUUCUAAAUAUUCAAUUCUUCUUUUGAUGGAGGCAAUCCAGACGUAUACUACACAAAAACCUACCCUUAAGUGAUAUAUAAUUAUUCUGUAGUUUCAGGAAUAAAUCCAAAAUCUGUCUACCAAACUCCUAAUGAAAGUAUUUCUUAUUUAUCAAAUUUCACAACUUUUUAGAAUCAAAAACAGUAGCAAAUUCAACUUACUUAAGAUAAUUUAAUACUUAGGCCUAUAAAUUAGUCAUCUGAGAUUAAUUCAAUUGCAAUCUAAUAUCCUAUCAGUUUAAUCAU